AUGAAGCAAAGUGGUGUUUCUCUCCUUUUGGGUAUCAUCUUCCUGACUCUGAUUGGAGUUCAAGGAGUCCCAAUAGUGAAGAAAGGACGCUGUUUGUGCAUCAACACCAACCAACGAAUGAUCCCCCUUAAAUCCUUAAAGAACCUUAAACAGUUUUCCCCUAGUCCUUCUUGUCAGAAAACUGAAAUCAUUGCUAUAAUGAAGAAUGGGACUGAAACAUGUCUAAACCCAGAUUCAACAAAUGUGAAAAAAUUGAUGAAAGAGUGGGAGAAACAGGUCAGCCAAAAGAAGAAGCAAAAGAAAGGGAAAAAAACAUUUAAAAAAAAACAGGGAAUUAAAAAAGCUAAACGAUCUCAACGUCCUCAUCAAAAGAAGACUAUAUAA